AUGAAAGGCCUAUCUUGCUCUUUUCUAAUCACCUUUCUCCUAUCCCUGACAUUGUCCUCCGCCGGGACACUAGCAAGGGAUGUUAGCAAGCGUGCCAUCCCUGCUGGCUCGCUUCAGCGAGUGAACAGCUUUGGAAGCAACCCCUCCGGCACUCAGAUGUACAUCUAUGUCCCGAAGAACCUAGCCUCCAAGCCCGGCAUCAUUGUCGCUAUUCACUACUGCACCGGCACGGCCGAGGCAUACUACUCUUUCACUCCAUAUGCCCAGCAGGCGGAGCAGUACGGCUUCAUCGUCAUCUAUCCUCAAAGCCCCUACAGCGGAACCUGCUGGGACGUCAGCUCUGAAGCUACUCUCAUCCACAACGGUGGCGGCGACAGCAACUCAAUCGCUAACAUGGUGACCUGGACCAUCGGGCAAUACAAUGCGGAUACCAGCAAAGUAUUCGUGACGGGAACUAGUUCGGGCGCCAUGAUGACGAACGUCAUGGCAGCCACAUACCCCGAACUCUUCGCAGCAGGAACCGUCUACUCCGGCGUUGGCGCGGGCUGCUUCUACUCCUCCAGCAACCAAGUCGACGCGUGGAACAGCAGCUGUGCCCAAGGCCAUAUCAUCAGCACCCCGGCCGUCUGGGCCGGCAUCGCCAAAAACAUGUACCCGGGAUACUCUGGCUCCCGACCCCGUAUGCAGAUCUACCAUGGCAGCGCCGACACGGCUCUCUACCCGCAGAACUAUUACGAGACCUGCAAGCAGUGGGCAGGCGUCUUCGGAUACAACUACGAUUCUCCUGUGUCAAUGCUCCCCAGCACCCCAAGCCCUAACUACCAAACCACCAACUGGGGCCCUAACCUCCAGGGUAUCUAUGUGACGGGUGUGGGACACACUGUCCCUGUUAAUGGAACGCAAGAUAUGGAAUGGUUUGGCUUUACGGCGGCGCUUUGGGGUCAGUGUGGAGGAAAAGGUUGGACGGGUCCUACUGUGUGUGCGGGCGGAUAUACCUGCACUUUCGGGAAUGAGUGGUAUUCUCAGUGCUUGUGA